AUGUCCAAUUCCACCGACGCUUCCAUUCUCGACCUGGCUCGGCAGAUUCAAACUAACGCCAGUACAAUUUCCGAAUACUUGCGGCAGAACUCCCUUCCCUCGCUCUCGCUUGUCGCAGACGCAUACCCAUUCUUCGCUGGGACUGGACCGACCAAUGUCGACAGAUAUCCACGGCUCGAUGAGGACAUUUUUGAUGCGCGAACAAAACUCCGAGAAGCAUGCGGUAUCCUGCUGCAGUUAGUCUCGGGUCCAACGGAAGCGUCUCUGAGUCUUUUGCUUUCGCAUUUCAUGUCGGCAUGUAUGCAAUACAUCUACCACUAUCGGCUCGCCGAGGGAGUACCUGUCGCUGGAGACAUAAGCUACAACGACCUUGCAGCAAAGACCGGCACGUUGGAGGGUCAAUGUGCCAGAGUGCUGAAAUAUGCAAUGACCCAGAAUAUGUUUCGGCAAUCCAGACCGGGUCAUGUGGCUCAUACUGCCUUGUCCAAGACCUUAUUGGCACCUGAUUUCAGGGAUAUGGUCGGGUACGCGACCGAGGAGAGCUUCCUCGCGGCUCCAAGCCUCGUCGAGGCAGUGGACAAGCAUCCGGGAAGCCAAGAAAAAAACGCCACGGCAUGGAAUCUGGGCCACAACACCGACCUGCCAAUGUUCGAGUACUUCGAAAUGUAUCCAGCGCGGUUACAACGGUUCAUGGGCUGCAUGCGGUUCCUAGCAUCCGGAGAGAGCUACAACAUCAAACAUUUGGUAGAAGCAUUCGACUGGAAAGCAUUCGGUGACGGACUCGUGGUCGAUGUGGGUGGUAGCUUUGGACAUUGCUGUUUUGAGAUUGCCGAAAUCGCGCCAGAGCUGAAGUUCAUCGUACAAGAUCUUGAAAAGGUGGCGACUCAAGCUCAGCAAGAGCGAGCCAACGACAAGCACGUUGAACGAAUCGAAUUCCAAGCGCAUAAUUUCUUCACACCGCAGCUUGUCAAGAACGCCGAUGUGUAUCUGCUGAGGUUCAUCUGCCACGAUUACUCGGACAAGUAUGCUGCACAGAUAUUGAGCAACAUAACCCCCGCCAUGGGCCGCAAUAGCAGGAUUGUGAUCGUUGAUGCCGUCAUGCCUGAGGUCGGUGUCUUGAGCAAAUUCGAUGAAAGUCGAGCAAGAGUUUUGGAUAUAGAGAUGAUGCUCAGUUUUAACGGAUGCGAGAGGGACGAAAGUGGCUGGAAGGCAUUGUUUGAGCAAGCCGAUCCGAGAUUGGAGCUGCGCAGUACCAAGAACAUACCUGGCAACAUCCAUGCCGUGAUGGAGCUGGGGUUAAAGGAGUCUCUUCCAAAUUAG